AUGCGGUUUCCGUUAGGACGUCGAGUCGUGUCCCUAAGUGAUAUUUAUACCCACAAAAAAAUCAUGCCAGAUCAUAAGCUUCGCUUUAAAUCACAGGACUUGGCUUUGAGUAAUCUGAUUGAAACUUCUCAAGUUCUAUUGGACGAGAGAACCAGUGCCAAGCGUUUCCGACAGCUUUACUCGCAUCUGAAGUUCGCGCACACACAAUUACAGGUAGGUUAUUUUUCCUGGAAAGUAAGGCUUUUUAGUAUUUUGGCAGAGAAACGUGAGCUUGAGUUGCUAUGCGCUGAACUUCAAAAAAGUGCGCUCUCACCCGAGACUCUUGAGCUUAUAAAGUGCGAGGUUAAGAAUGCGUUAAUGAAGAAGUCAGAGGAGGAACUUAUCAAAGCUACCGAAGAGGUUAACUUUGUGAAAUCUGGGUACCUCAAUGCUACAAAAAAACUUGAGACGCUAAAGGUUGAUUACGAUCGACUUUUGGUUGGUUCACAGGCUGUUCGGGAAGAGGAAGCUCUUAGAGAAAUAGAGCAUAAACAUAUGGCUGAGUCUCAAGAAGAGGUCAUAAAUCGUCUCUCGUCUCUUCUCUCGUCGGAUACGGAAACACUUGCUGCUCUGUAUCGCGAAAACUCACAAAUUUCUGCACAGUACCAGAUCAUUGUUGGUGAAGCAGAGAAGUCAAAACGUCUUUAUGAUACACAGAUGUGUGAACUAAAAAAUGAACUAAUUCGAGCCAUAGAAGGACUAGCGGCAGCAAAGGCUGAUAGGGCAACUCUGGUGGCAAAAUGCGAAUCCUUGAAUGGAGAGAUGGAAGUGCUUGCAAAAAACCUGGCCAGCACUAGGACUGACUUGAGAGCUGCCCGUCAGCGCGUGAUAGACUGUGAGCGGGCAAGACUGAGUCUGGAAAAGGACCUCGAGGCACGAGUGCAUUGCUUAAGGUCGGAGUUAAGUAGCUUCCGGUUGACAGCUCAGAGGGAAAGAGUGGAAAUAGAACGCCAGCGUGAUCAUUUGGCUUUUCAGGUUCAAGGCACGCAAAGACUGCUUAACAGACUCAUGAUUUUAAAGCGAAUUUCAAAACACUUAAUAUCAGACCUCACGAGCCAGAUGGCUCUAGCGUUGGCCAAAUUUGAAGAGGUUGAGAUGUUGUAUCAACAGCGGGAGCAGGAAAUGUCACAACGGGAGUCAGAUCUUCGAAAGACUGUGGUUGAUUCCACUGAAGAGUCGAGAAAUCGUUCUGCAGAGAUACUCCACCAACUGGAAUGCACGCAAUCGCGAUUGCGCGAAUUAGCAGCUCAACACGAAGAAGUAACACAGGCCUUGGCUGAGUCAGAAACAUUGAAGUUUGAGAUUCAGAAGAAGCUUUCUUUAAGCGAGGCGCAAAACUCUGCUUUGAAGGACGAGCUGUCGGUGGCUAGGAAUGAGCUUAAAGUCCGGCAAAGCCAAAUCCAAAAUCUGGAAUGUGUGCUGAAUGAAUUCACAUCUACGGAGGAUCGCUUCCCCGAAAAGGAGGAAGGUGAUGUUGGCGGCCAAACCGGCGAAAUGGUAGGUGUUAGAGAGGCAUACAAGAAGCUGCUGGAAAAAUUCAGAUCACAAAGGACUAAGUUAACCGAAAAAAUUCGCCAACUUGAUGCUGAACUCAUUGCGAAGAGCUACGAAGCCGAACGAAAUCGCCAAGAAAAUGAGAAACUGCGAGUAACUCAAACGUUCGUGAUCUGCAUUUGCAUAAAAAGAAAUUGUGUGCCGCAAGCGGAAUACCAAAGGGUUAAGUCUCAGCUGAAGGAAUUUCAACGACGGAAGGAAAGUUACUGGUUUCUUCUCCAUCAAUCUGAUCAGGUCUUAUCGAAUCACUCGGACUAG